AUGGAGAAGUCCCGCAAUUUCCGCAUCGACGCCCUGCUGGCCGCCUCGCCCCCCAAGGCGCCCUCGGCGGCCCAGGCGGCGCCCCUGGCCCUCGUGGCCUCCCUGGCCGGAGCCCGCAGCGCCAGCAGCAGCAGCAGCAGCGGCAGCAGCGCCUCCUCCUCCGCCUCGUCCAGCCCGCAGACCGCAGGCGAAGCCCGCCCGGAGCGCCUGCGCCGCCGGAGCCCCUCGCCCGCCCGCCUGCUGGGCGCCCACUGCGGCCUGGUGGUGCCCAAGCCCGGCUGCCUGGGGGGCGGCGGCGGCGGCGGGGGCAGCCCUCAGGCCCACCCCCACUCGGCCCUGGGCCUCCACCCGCCGCCCCCCCCGCCGCCCCUCUACGCCCACCCCAUGUACGGCUACCCGCCCGCCGCCCUGGCCUACCCCUACGGCCAGCCCCCCGCCCCCGCCGCCGCCGCCGCAGAGCCCCUCAAGCUGGGCGCAGCCACCUUCCAGCUCGACCAGUGGCUCCGCGCCUCCACCGCCGGCAUGAUCCUGCCCAAGAUGCCCGACUUCGCCUCCCAGGCGCAGUCCAACCUGCUGGGCAAGUGCCGCCGCCCGCGCACCGCCUUCACCAGCCAGCAGCUGCUGGAGCUGGAGCAUCAGUUCAAGCUCAACAAGUACCUGUCCCGCCCCAAGCGCUUCGAGGUGGCCACCUCCCUCAUGCUCACCGAGACCCAGGUGAAAAUCUGGUUCCAGAACCGGCGGAUGAAGUGGAAGCGGAGCAAGAAGGCCAAGGAGCAGGCGGCCCAGGAGGCGGAGAAGCAGAAAGGAGGCGGCUCGGGGGAGGACCCGGCGGGGGAUGAGCUGCCACUACCUCCUGGCGGGGCAGAGAAGAGUCCCGGGGGCCGCCGGUUGCGGGAGCUCAGGGACAGUGACCUGGAGGAGGAGGAGGAAGAGGAGGAAGAGGAAGAGGAACGGCCCGGACACUGCUGCCCCUAUGGCUCUCCGGAUUGCUCUGACGGGGACGAGGAUGGGAGGCAGCCCCGGAGCAGGCCUGGGGGAGGCCACCCACCGCUGCCCACGGCCCCAGCCCCCUAA